AUGGACCAGGACAGGGUGAACAGUAUUGACCAGGACAGGGUGAACAGUAUGGACCACGAUAGGGUGAACAGUAUGGGCCAGGACACAGUGAACAGUAUGGACCAGGACACGGUGAACAGUAUGGACCAGGACAGGGUGAACAGUAUGGACCAGGACAGGGUGGACAGACAGGGUAAACAGUAUGGACCAGGACAGGGUGAACAGUAUGGACCGGGACAGAGUGAACAGUAUGGACCAGGACAGGGUAAACAGUAUAGACCAGGACAAGGUGAACAGUAUGGACAAGGACAGGGUGAACAGUAUGGACCAGGACUGGGUGAACAGUAUAGACCAGGACAGGGUGAACAGUAUGGACCAGGACAGGGUGAUCAGUAUGGACCAGGACAGGGUGAACAGUAUGGAGCAGGACAGGGUGAACAGUAUGGACCAGGACAGGGUGAACAGUAUGGACCAGGACAGGGUGAACAGUAUGGACCAGGACAGGGUGAACAGUAUGGACCAGGACAGGGUGAACAGUAUGGACCAGGACAAGGUGAACCGUAUGGACCAGAACACGGUGAACAGUAUGGACCAGGACAGGGUGGACAGUAUGUAAAAGGACAGGGUGAACAGUACAGACCAGGACAGGGUGAACAGUACAUACCAGGACAGGGUGAACAGUAUGGACCAGGACAGGGUGAACAGUAUGGACCAGGCCAGGGUGAACAGUAUGGACCAGGACAAGGUGAACCGUAUGGACCAGGACAGGAAGAACAGUAUGGACCAGGACAGGGUGAACAGUAUGGACCAGGACAGAGUGAACCGUAUGGACCAGGACAGGAAGAACAGUAUGGACCAGGACAUGGUGAACAGUAUGGACCAGGACAGGGUGGACAGUAUGUAAAAGAAUAG